AAAUCACAUUGCUGGAACUUAGAAUGAUGGCAGCAGACAGAUUACCUCUGCUUUCAAACAACAUUUGUAGUGAUAUAUCGGAUAGUGAAUUUGAAAACAAACAUUUUAAUCAUACAUUGCAUCUGGAUCGAGAGGAAAAUUUGAGUUUCACUGAAUCUGAGAAUGCACAGUCUCUACAGAAUGACGAACACUGUGAACUUGACGUUUUACCUUUGCAGUCGGACAAGAAGUAUCAUUUGUUUAUAUCGUAUAGUUCAGAGGAUAGGGAUGAUGCAAACGAAAUCUGUGGGUGUAUGGAGCAGAGGUUUCAUAUGAAAUGUAUGAACUUCGAAAGGAAUUUCGUUCCCGGGAAAAAUAUUGACGACAACAUUGCAGAAAAUAUGCGGAAAAGUGUCAAAGUUCUAAUAAUUUUGAGUCCAAACUAUUUACAGAGUCAUUGGUGCGUGACUGAAGCACGUGAAGCAGCUCAAUUGUCUUUCACGGGUUUUUCCGAUGUUAACGUGAUUCCGUUACUUCUUCGGCCUUUAGGAAAAGAUUUACCUCCCUUUUUAAAGUCCUACGUUUACAUUGACGCACAAAGAGAAAUUGAUGUACCUGCAAAAAUAUACGAGGCUUAUCUGAAUCCAGGUUCAAUUGAUCCUUUACAUAAAAGACGGAAUAUGGACAAUGCCACUCUAAACACAUAUAAUGGAACCUUUCUUUGUCAAAAGUUUGCCUCGAAAGCAAAAUUUUUGGACCAUGGCAUCUCUUACAGAUUUCAUCCAUUGGAAGAUCACGAAAAAGAGAAAAUCGCCUCUUUUGAUCUCGAUACCAUAGAGUGUGCUAACCAUUACAACGUCAUUAAGGAUGAGUUGAAUUCAAGAGCACUUUUCCGGAACUAUCCUCUUUUUGUUUCUAAAGGGCGUUUUUGUCUUUUAUUUGCAAUAAUCCUGUUCACUGCUAGCAUUUUUGUUGGUUUCUGCCUCAUUCUCCGAGAGGGUGGAUUAUUCGCUAUCUUAGCUUUGCUUGGAUCCGUUCUUGUCAUUCUGAUUUGCCCGUGUUCUUUGUGUUUCAUGCACUGUUGUAGGAAAAACUUAUCAUCAUCGAUUCACACCAUCGUGUUUCGCCUGAAUGUGAAGUUUUACCAGAAUAGUAAAUGUUUGAUCUACUAUGAUGACAGCACCGUCUUGAAGCCAAGCCUGAACAUUUUCAAGUACGACACCACUGAAUGCAUCUAGUAUGUAAAACAUUGCACUUUAUAAUUAUAACUCACUGAUUUAGAAAACAAAAUAUUAAAAUGUC